CCUGUGGAUUUACUGUGUUGCAUCAGUUGGCUUUGGGUAAAAAACAAACAAAUUGGGGUUUCUGAAUUUGCCAGACUUCUACAGGGCAUGCAGUCGUGUGUUCAGGUGUGUGCACCCACUGCGGUGCUGCUGGGCCUGUUCGGUCGUGGUUGUGCCAGCGGUGCACAGAACCGGCCCAUUCGCAGCUUCAGUUGGUCAACCAGGCAUAUGAGCCGGUGGAACAGUCAGGAGAACCUCAGCACACAAAGUCCUGAGGAAAACCCCCGCGUUCUCAUCACAGGUGGUCUGGGACAGUUAGGUAUGGGACUCGCACAGAUGUUAAGGAAACAGUAUGGGACAGAGAAUGUGAUCCUGUCAGACAUCAAGAAGCCUCCGUCUCAUGUUUACACCAGUGGUCCAUUUGUGUAUGCUGAUGUUCUGGACUACAAACACCUCAGAGAACUGAUCAUUAAUAAUCGUAUAACGUGGCUGGUUCACUACAGCGCUUUGCUCAGUGCUGUGGGUGAGGCUAACAUGGUGUUGGCUCGAAAGAUUAACAUCACAGGUCUGCACAAUGUUCUGGACUUGGCUCUAGAGAACUGCCUCCGCCUUUUUGUUCCCAGCACCAUUGGAGCAUUUGGUCCCACUUCUCCACGUGAUCCGGCCCCUGACCUUUGCGUGCAGCGCCCAAGAACCAUCUAUGGUGUCUCUAAAGUGCAUGGUGAACUGAUGGGGGAGUAUCUUCAUCAUAAAUACAGGUUGGACUUCCGCUGCCUGCGGUACCCUGGAGUGAUUUCAGUCAACACGCCUCCUGGAGGAGGAACGACAGAUUAUGCAGUUCAAAUCUUCCACGAUGCUCUCAGCACAGGUCACCACGUGUGCUACUUGCGACCAGACACCCGACUUCCCAUGAUGCACAUUUCUGAUUGCCACCGUGCCACUGUGGAGUUCAUGCAGACGCCAGAGUACCAGCUGUCAUUGCGCACUUAUAACAUAGCUGCCAUGAGCUUCACCCCAGAGGAGUUGGCAGAAGAAAUCCGCAAGCAUCUCCCUCACCUUAAGGUCACCUACAGUCCAGACGCUGUGCGCCAGACAAUCGCAGACAGCUGGCCUGUGAGAAUUGAUGACUCCAACGCCAGGAGGGACUGGGACUGGAAACCAGCCUUCGGGCUCGAGGAGUUAGUGUCAGAUAUGCUGAGCUCUGUUCGAGACAAGCGGAACAAUGAGGGACUUCCAGUCAGCUAGCAAAACUAUCUGACCAAAACCUUCCUCAGCCUGUAUUUACAGAAGAUUUCCUCAAAUUUCACAUAAGUUAAUCAUCCUUUUCUGGCUGAUUAUGCUAAUGGUCCAGGAAGAGAUUGUAAUAAUAAUAAAAAAAAAGUUUAAAAGUUUUCAGUCUGAAAUAUUAAACAGACAGUGUAAAGUGAGAUGUUAUCUACACAGUCUUAGAUAUUUCAGUCUUUUUUCAGGGAAUCAUGUACUGUUAAAUCUCUAUUUUAGUUGUUUGUUAUUAGCAUCAUUUUACACAUUAAAUGAUGAAGAAUUUUUUUUUUUUUUUCAUUCUGGGAGAUUUCAUGUCAUUUUAUUCUGAACACUGUAACAAUGUAUAACACAUUAU